AUGGCGUCCAGCAUCAAUGACUUCGGCUCGGUUUCCAACGGGCUCGACCGGGCGCAGAUCGAUGUGGGACCUCGGAACGAUGAUACGACCGACCCGCGACCCGCGCCCGAGGCGAUGGAUUACCAAAAACCGUCAAUCCGCCAAGCGGUCAAAGAUAAUCUCCUCUCAGCGGUUGUGCACCCGCGUUACGGUAUCAGCAAAAUCAAAGCCGCAAUCGAUGAGAAGCAUGAGGCAUCGAACAGUCAAACGUACGAGCACCACCACGACCAUGCGCCUACACUUGCACCGCCCCCACCAGAUAGCUCCGUGGAAAACCAGAGACUAGACAACACCUUCAAAGAUAAACCAAAGUUCCCUCCAAUCAAGGAGUUUAUACACCAGCCAGUCCAGUCUGUCAUUUCGACGGUGCAAGACCAACGCGGAAAUGACUUCGCCGAGAGUAUAGGCAAGGCCGAAAUCGCUCACGGCGUAGAUGUACAACUUCUACAACAGGCCGACAAGGUCCAGGAUGCCUCGAACGAGACCCAGGAAGAAGCCGAAUAUGAGACCUUCAUCCAGAUGAAACAGCUCAGGCAAGAUUUCUUCGUGCGGUGGACAAUUGAUCGACACCUCCUGAAGUAUCAGUGGGAAACAAAUGCGCAGAACUAUAUCGACCCCGAGUUUAAGAUGCCUAUGCCUGACCGCAAAUUGCUGGCAUCCAGCGUCGAGCGGCUUAUCGUCGACUCCACACCACUGCAGACAUAUGUAAUGAAGCUCCGGAACAUAUCCCACUGGGAGGACCCACGCGAAAGCUUCGGCUACAUGAUUCUGUAUUUCUUCCUGCUGUUCUACAGUUACAUCACUCGCGCUUUGAUCCUCUACGUCCUGCUGAAAGUCCUGUACCGACGUUGGCAUCCUCCGACUCUGAGACAGAUGCGAAAAGCAACCGCCCACUCUGAAGAUCAAGAUUCUAUCGCGCAGAACUUGGGCGAGCUAAUCACGCAGUACGGCACUCGUGGCUGGGUCGACCGCGUCAUCGAACAAGCCGGGCCGGCGGUAUUUGACUGGUUGGAGCGCCUUGCGGACAUUCUGGAGAUGACACAGAAUUUCUACGAAUGGCGGAAUCCGCGCUACACGGCUGUGACACUAAGCUUUCUGUUUACCGGCCUCGUUAUCAUUACCCUGACGCCAACUUGGCUCCUGGUCCAGAUGAGUUUUCUUGGCUGUGGAGUAAUGUUCUUCAUCUUGACACCAAUCGGCGUCCGGUAUCCUCGGUAUCGACUGCUUGCCAGCCCAAUAACUUGGCUGUUAUGGAAGAGCCCUACUCACGCGGAAUGGGCCGUCUCUCGUCUUCAGAGCGAAGCCCACCAGUACCUCACGUCGGACAAAACCCUCAGUACAAUCGACAAGAACACCCAUCUCAUAGGCACCUACACGUGUAAAGACCACAAUGACGUCCAAGGGAAGCUCGUCGUCAUGAUGACGUCCGUUUCUUUCGCGCCAAAACGCUCGGGGAAUCGCCUCAAUUUGACCCAGAGCUCGCGUUCUGCAAACAAGGACAAGGACACCCAUGGAUGGAGCCUAUUAUUCGACGACAUCAAGGAGAUUCACAAGAUCACCGAGCAGAACAGCCAUGGCGGAGAGGAGGCAGGGCUGCAGUUUGUGCUGUACGAAGGAGAGAAGAGAACGGUCAUGCACUUGGCGCGUAGGGAUGAGGUCUUCAGCCAGAUCGUGGGCUUCAGCGAACUGGAAUGGAAGAGGUGUGGCUGA